AUGAUCUUCAGUAAGGCACUAAAUGUCGGCUUCCUCCUCUACACACCGGGAUUAACGGCCCUGCCUUUCUCACAGGAAGCCAGCGCGGGCAGGGACUCGGCAGGCGCAGGAGGGAACUUUUCCGCGUCCUCGGCAGAACCCGGUAGCCACUGCCCUGGGCGGUCCGAGCACGAGUCGCCCCGCCCGCCUGGCAGGUGCGCGGGCCCGGGCUCGGCGGACGCGCCGCUCGGGCCGGGCCGGGGCUGCGCCGAGGAGGACGCGCCACCUCUGUCCGGGUCUGGCGCUUGCCGCCCUCUCCGCCCCCCUAGAGCACCGCGCGACCUCGAAGCUCCCAGACUCGGGCUGGCCACCCCCACCCCCGCCCCCAAGGGGCUCCCGCGGCUCCAGGCGAGGUGGGCCGCGGCAGGUGCCUGGGGGUGCCGCUCCAGCUCUCUGAGCAAACUUGGCCGUGCAGCGCGGGGGCGGCCGGAGUUCCGGCCCCUCAACAGCUCUCCAGCCCACCGGGUACCUACCCUGCGGCCGCCACCGCCGCUCCUUGCCUCCAGCGCGCCGGCCUCAGAGGGAGGGAAAGUGAAAGAGAAACAGCGCCCGCCGCGGCCUGGCCGGUCCCCGCGCCCCGUCCCCCUCCCACUGCAGGCGGGAGCGCGCCGGCUCCGCGGGGCCACUCGGCUCGGGCCCGAUAGGGCGCGGCGGGCCUCCGGGCCCAGGGCCGGUGCCGCCUCCAAGGGCAACUCCACCCCCUUCCAACCGCCGGCGCCGCCGGCCGGCCCCGCCCCCGCCACGCCCCCGCAGGCCACGCCCGCAGGCCCGCGCUCCUUGCAGGUGCCACGGCCGCCCCGCCCGCCCAGGCGUCACCGCCGCGGAAGGGCCGCGGUCCCUGGGGCAGAGGCACACGGCGAGUACGCGCGGGGUGUACCGCGCAUGAAUCAUCGGCGCCGGGUCCGCGGGGCGAUGAUUCAUUCACCGUCCCGGAGCCCACGGCCACACGUUUCGGGCGUACGGGUACGGCCGCACACGCAGCUUCCUUAA